CCUUUUCCAUCCCCUCUUGAAUAGCUUGGACUCCGACAAAUCUCUUGCAACCACAUACACGUGGAACGUAGGAGCUAUUAGAAUUGCUCGCCCAUAAACUUACACCCGAGGGAGGAGGAGAGGAAGAAGAAGAGAGAUUUGACACCAUGGAUCUGCUGUCUUCCUUCCCUAUGCUUGCAUCCUUUCCAUUCCUCUUGUUCCUCAUCUGGUGCGCCCAUCUCGUCUUCUUCAAGGCGCGGUCGACUCCCCGUGAGCCCCCAUGCGCCGGCUUCUCUGCCCCCAAGUGCUACCCCCUCGUCGGCAACCUCCCCCACUUCAUCAACAACUGCGACCGGUUCCUGGAGUGGACGACCGAGCUCCUCGUUGCCUCCCCCACCGGCACCGUCACCGUCGCGCCGUUCGUGUUCACCGCCAACCCAUCCAACGUCGAGCACAUGCUCAAGGCGAACUUCGACAACUACCCCAAGGGCGGCGACGUCGUCUCCGCCCUCCACGACUUCCUCGGCCGCGGCAUCUUUAUCUCCAACGGGGAGCAGUGGAAGGCGCAGCGCCGGGCCGCCAGCUUCGAGUUCAACACCAAGUCCCUCCGCGCCUUCGUCUUCGACAGGGUGCGCCAUGAGGCCGCCGACCGGCUCGUGCCCUUGCUCCGGCAGGCCAGCCGGGACGGCCAGGUGCUCGACCUCCAGGAGCUCUUCGAUCGCUUCGCCUUCGACAACAUCAUCAGCCUGGUGUUCGACCAGGACGCGGACUGCCUCCGGCGGGGGAACAAGGAGGGCGAGCGGUUCUUUCGGGCCUUCCACAAAGCCGCGCACCUCAGCGUUGACCGGUUGAAGCUGCCCCAUCCGCUUGUCUGGAAACUCAAACGGUGGCUCGACACCGAAGACGAGAGGCGGCUACGGGAAUCCACGGCCGUCGUCCACGAAUUCGUCGACAAGUACGUGCGGCUGAAAAGGUCAGGCGGCUGCACCAGCAGCGGGGGCGACCUCCUGUCGCGCUUCGCGGAGGACGGCACCCGAACGGACGAGUUCCUGCGCGAUUUCCUAUUGAGCGUCGUGCUCGCGGGCAGCGACACGACGCCCGCCGCCAUCACCUGGUUCUUCUAUGUCCUCUCCUCCAAACCCGACGUCGUGGAUCACAUCCGGGAGGAGCUCCGCCUCGUACGGGCUCGACGCUGCGAGCCCGGCGGGGAGGCGUUCACGCUGGAGGAGCUGAGGGAGAUGAACUACCUCCACGCGGCGAUCGCGGAGUCGCUGCGGUUGCAUCCGGCGGUGCCGCUGCUGCCGAGGGUAUGCGCGGCGGACGACGAGAUGCCGGACGGAACGAGGGUGCGGCGGGGGUGGACGGUGAUGUACAACUCCUACGCGAUGGGAAGAGCGGAGGUCAUAUGGGGUAAGGACUGCGGCGAGUACAAGCCGGAGAGGUGGCUGGAGGUGGGGGUGUUCCAGGCGAGGAGCGCGUUCCAGUACCCGGUGUUCCAUGCGGGGCCGAGAAUGUGCCUGGGAAAGGAGAUGGCGGUGAUACAGAUGAAGGCGAUCACGGCGAGUAUAUUGGAGGGGUUCGACAUGGAGUUGGCCGAGCAGAGGGGAAAGCACGAUCUCUCCAUAUCCAUGAGGAUGGAUGGAGGGCUUCCGAUGAGGUUCCGAGAACGCAGAGGUCGCUGAUGGAAACUAGGACGCCGAACGUGACAGGGUUGUGGGUUUCGUUGUUGUAGUCGGUCAUCGUGCUUGUUUGACUUGAUUAACUACUUCUUGUGCUACUCUUUAUUCGCAAAUAAUAAUUAAUUAGAUCGGA